AUGGCGGAACAGGCCGAGCCGCAGUCCCCUCCGCCUCCGGCUGUUCAGAGGCGGGAAGAGUCGCCAGCCGCCUCGGAUAAGGAGACGGACACCUUUGAGGAUGCUGUCGACACCAGCUCUGUCCGGUCCCUCACGGCUCGCAAGUCGUCCUUGACGGCCAAACGGACCAACAGAUCAUCGAGCGCGGCUUCGGAUCUCACCACGCCUCAGGAUGAGCCUGCCGACCAUGCUGAACCCGAACGAGCGCCGGGUUCUGACUCCGAGAUCGAGGCCGAGGAGCUCCCGGUCGAGACAAAAGAUGUGGAGACAAGCUCCGAGGUUCAGUCAAAGCGAGCAUCGAGUCGACUGUCUGAUGUCCCCAUGGACACUGUCAACCUCGAUGAUGAGGCCGCAUCAGUGGAGAAGGGUAUGCGAUCCCAAGAGAGCUCGGCCUACGUUCUGUCAAUGGCUAACAAGCAAGGUGUUGUAGAAGAACCGCCCGCCGUUCCCCCGAAGCAGCCGUCCAAGAAGAUCUCGUUAAGUAACAUCGCGAGCUCCCUCCCAUCCAUGCCCUGGUCACCUCCGGCAACCGAGUCGCCGCCCAAGACUAGCCCCAACUCCUCGAGUACCACAAUCCCGGCACCGACUACCGAAAAGCCCCUUCCCCCGGAUCGGACCUCGACUUCGCGGAGCAAGCUCACUAGCCCCUUUUCCUGGCUGUCGCGGAACUCUACGACCAAGGAGAGUGUCACUUCACCUCCUGUUGCACCUCUGCGCUCCCCGAGGAGGGAUACGGCUAGCUCCAUCGCCACGCUGACUAGCAACCCGGAGAUGAUGCUUAGCAAACUUGAGGAGGGCGAUGAAGGCGCCGCACAUGGCCGCCCGGCAAGGAACAGCCUAAAGGAUAGAUUCAAGUUGGUACGCAUGCGGGAAGAAGCCGGGAUCACACUGCCCGGUGCAGAAGGCGAGGAGGACAAAGCUCAGCCCGGUGCGAUUGGAGGUCUUACCAGGUCAGCGACUCUGGGGAUCAUGAGCCCCACCAAUGAGAACGGCUCUGACGCUCCGUUAUCCCCCAUGCCUGCCAGUCCGAACCCUAGCCUGGCACCCGGAACCGCCUCAGGAGUCUCUGCUGGCCCUUCGGCAAUGUCUGAUGCUCAAGUUGACUGGGAUCUCUGGCAGUCAGUCGUUUACGAGGGACCAUCUGCAGUCGCGAAGACUAGUGCCGAAGAGCUCAACAGGGCGAUCGCCACUGGCAUUCCCAACGUCAUCCGAGGCGUCGUCUGGCAGGUACUUGCGCAGAGCAAGAACGAAGAUCUUGAGGCUGUAUAUAGAGAGCUCUCGGUCCGGGGAACCGAAAAGGACACUUCCAGAAACAGCAACGGGACCUCGAUCAGCUCUGGAAGCAAUGGAUUGAGCGUUGACAAGGAGACCGUGGCAUCGUCAGCAUCAUCGAUCCAUUCUGAAGUCUCUGGCGCCAAUGGGACAAAGUCGCCCCCCAUGUCCGAGAAAGACAGCGAAGCUAUGCUCAAAGCCCAAGCUUUGGCUGCGGCUGAGCGGAAGAAGAAGGACAAGGAAGACGCCGCCAUGCUCCAGAAGCUUGAGAAGACCAUCAAGCGAGACCUGGGCGCGAGAACGAGCUUCUCAAAGCAUGCCCAAGCAGCUGGCCUGCAAGACGGCCUCUUCGGCGUUUGCAAAGCCUAUGCGCUUUUCGAUGAGGGAGUUGGCUACGCACAAGGCAUGAACUUCCUCAUCAUGCCUUUGCUAUUCAACAUGCCCGAGGAGGAGGCUUUCUGUCUCCUUGUCCGCCUCAUGAACCAAUACAAGUUGCGGGACCUGUUCAUUCAGGAUAUGCCUGGACUACACAUGCACCUCUACCAAUUCGAAAGGCUGCUGGAAGAUCUCGAGCCAGCCGUAUACUGCCACCUUAACCGACGUGGCGUCUCGCCACACCUCUACGCCACUCAAUGGUUCCUCACAUUAUUCGCCUACCGGUUUCCUCUGCAGCUCGUUCUCAGAAUAUACGACCUCAUUCUGUCGGAGGGCUUGUCUGCCAUCCUCAAGUUCGGUCUCGUGUUGAUGCAAAAGAACGCCUCGGCGCUUCUCGGCAUGAACGACAUGGGACAGCUUACAAACUUCCUGAGAGAUAAGCUUUUCGACGUCUACAUUGAUCAUGCGCCAAGCACUGGCAGUAUUCUCGAGAACGGCUUCUUUGGCAGUACAUCUGCAAGUGUAGACAAGGAGGUAUAUCGAGCAGACCAGCUGGUCCGCGAUGCAUGCGAGGUCAAGGUUACCCCUGAACUCCUCAAAGCUUACACGGCUGAGUGGGAAGAGAAGACUCGCACUGAGAAGGAGAGGGAGCAGCUGCUAGAAGAGCUGAAGCAAUCAAACGCAAGCUACGCCAUCAAGGUACGGAAACUGGAGGAACGGCUACAGGCUGCCGACACGGAGCAAACCGACAUGGCAAAUGAGUUGGUGCACACCAAGAUCGAGAACGAAGAGCUUAAGGACGAGAACGAGAGCCUCAAGGGCCAGGUCAAGGAGCUCCGCAUCGUCAUUGAGAAGCAGCCGCAGGAGAUCGAAGACGCCUGGAAGCUGGAGCGGGAUAGCCUCAUGGAGCGCAACCAGAAGGUGCACGAGGAGAACCAGAAGGUUGAGAAGGAGAUGAGCGAGCUGGAGGAAGAGUUGGUGCAGACCAAGAUGCGCUACGCCGAGAUCAACUCCCAGCACGAAACCCUUCAGAGGAAAUGGACAGACCUCAAGCGGCAAUUUGCUUGA